AUGAAACUAUUUCCACAGAAUCAGCUGAGGAAACCAAUAAACAGACCAGAGAAUCACACCUCCAGGAGCAAACAGUUGAGGAAGCCCCUGGACACAGAGAGGACGGCAGCGCUGAGGAAAGAAAACAACAGGCCCGAGAAUCACACCUCCAGGAGCAAACAGCGGCCCAAACAAUUCUCCAGAAGCCAGGGGACACCGAAAGACGGCCCUUUAAGGUCCUGCGCCGUGUCUGAACAUCAAGGCAAAUGUGUACAUUCUGACGAGGAGCGUUCUCUCACCGGAGUCUGGUGUAGUAUCAAACUAGCCAAGGCUGUUGAGAAGGGGUACCAGGUUGCCAAGAUUUUUGAAGUUUGGCAUUUCCCACAGCGCUCUGAUUCUCACUUUAGCGGCUACAUAAACACCCAUUUAAAGGGUAAACAGGAAGCCUCUGGGUACCCUUCAUGGGUGUCUAAUGAUUUGGACAAAGAUAGAUACAUGCAGAGUUAUUUGGAAAAGGAGGGUAUACAUUUAGACCCCAGCAAAAUUUGUGUCAAUAAAGCCAAAAGACAAAUUUCUAAACUUUUUCUGAACAGCCUUUGGGGUAAAUUCGGUCAGAGAACAAACCAAGUUAACACCGCCUUGAUCCAUGACCCGGAGCAGUUUCUGUUGUACAUGUUUUCCAAAGAGUAUGACAUCUCACAUUUUUCAUUUAUUACAUAG